AUGGAAAUAGAGGAUACCUUCGAGAAUAUGGGGGCGUCUAUAAUUAAUUUGAAUUUUAUAAAUGGGACCUCUACCUAUUGCUGCGGUACACCUAUCAUCGACGGGGAAGACAUCGUCUGCCCUUUCGGAAAGGAUAGCUUCGAAAUUGACGAUGGCGAAAUUCUUACCGGACACACUGCCCUCGCCAAUGUCACUUCACUGUCGGCCUCAACAAAUUCCUCGUCCAAUUCCUCUACAUCUUGUCCACCGAUACAAACAAAUACUCCUUCAUCAAGCGGGUCACACGAUGUUGCCCUUGGAGCUGGGCUGGGCGUUCCACUGGGGGUCAUUGCGCUGGGAUCGUUGGUAUGGGGAUUUAUGGAGAGAAAGAGGGCCAAUAAAUUGAGCAAAUCAAUGGCUAACUCCACUGACCCGGCCACGGGAUUUAUCGGUCACCCUGUGAACCCCGGGGUUCCUGCGAAGACUGUGAGUUCUGGGCCCUCGGAGCUCGACACCGGCCGACGCAUGCCGGAGUUGGAAGCAAGGGAUUGA